CACACACAACUAAUUUCUCCCAAUAAAAAAAUAUAAAAUUUCACUUUAUUUACCCACAAUUUGAGCAAAAAAUUAAUAAUUUAUCUCCCUAAAAAUGUGUUUUCAAUGUGAAUAACACACUUAAUUGUAAAUAAGUACAAAAUAAUUUGCCAUCGAACAAAAAAAAUAUAAUUUUGGUUCCUGUUUGUGGUUCGAAAGAAUUUUUUUUUUGCAAUUUUUUUUUUUAUUCUGUGGAAUUUUCAUUUCACUUGCAUUUUUUUUCAUCGUUGUCGUCGUUGGGUGUCUGAAUUUUUCUGGUCGUCGUUCGUUCGAUCGUUUUACGUUUUCGAGAGAGUGUUGAGGUGCACUUGUCGUCGUCGUUUUUUAACGUCGCCGCCGUCGUUUUCCUUGUCUUCAUCGUCGUCUGUCUUGUAUAUAAAUGUCGAGUGGAUUUUCAAUAAGUUGAAAAAAAGUGUAUUUAAAUGCUCCAACACAAUAAGCUAACAAAAGCAGAGCAAAAGUAACAAAAAAAAAAGAAGAGAAAUGCCAUUAAAGUUUUUGAAAAAAUCUCGUCACUACAAUGUCACUUCAAAAAGCCUAUUUGUCAUAUCGGUUCAUCAUCUUUUAGAUACCUCAACAACGGUCGAUUGUACCUUAAGUUCCGAAAGCAAAGGCCAAGAAUGCCUUGAUAAUGUGUGCCAACGGCUCUCCAUCAGCCAGCCAGAACUCUUCGGUUUACGUUUCAUAGUUAAAGGCAAAGAAGAUGAACUCAAAUGGAUCGACUUGGACCGACCACUCAGCAGACAAUUAGAAAAAUAUGCAGCUGGACCGAAAAUAUUCCUUCGUGUCCUGCAUUAUGUCACAACUGGUGUGAAACAUCUCAGCGACGAAGUAUCACGUUACUACUAUUUCCUUCAACUUAAAAACGAUGUAGUCGAAGAACGUAUUGCAUGCGAUGUGCGAACAGCCAUCUUAUUGGCCCUCUAUUGCCGGCAGGCCGAGUAUGAUAGCUAUCAGCGAGACAAACACACAAAAGAUUACCUUCGAACUCGCUUAAUACUCCCAAAGAGUCUAAUGCAUGAUGGUUUCGAUGAGAGUCUAAUUGAUGAAGUUCAACAGCUUAAUCCAACCAUACAGCAUCUUAGUCAGAGUCAGGCUGAAGAAAUGUAUAUAAAAUGUUGCCAGAGACUAGAUGGCUAUGGUGAGGAGAGAUUCUCAGCCAAGGAUUCGCUGGGGAAUGAUAUUCAAUUGGGAUUGACAAUCAAUGGUAUUGUAGUUAAUUCACAAAUUGGGCGGCAGUAUUAUCCGUGGAAGGAUUUCCUAAUGGUGGUUAAUGCCAAACGAUCUAUAAAUAUAGAACAGAAGAAAGAUGAACUCAUUUACACGGUUGCAUCGUUUACCCUCCCAGAUGCCGAUACGGCAAGGUAUAUUUGGAAAUUGUGUGUGACGCAGCAUAUAUUCUUCAAAAGCUACAUAGACGAAGAGGCCGAUAGCGAAAAUGGUGGUCACCAUCCUGAAUCAAUACAGAAUUUCGUACAAGACUUUGGGGAUAGUCGGGAGGAUUUGCUGUUGGAACAACAGCGAGCCAUAUACACUCCAGAAUUUCAAAUGGUCGGACCUGGAGGUGGUGUUCAGAACUCGAUAAUGUCAUCGAAUAUUUCAUUAGCCACAAGUAGUCAGCAUCAGCAGGCACGCACACCCAACCAAAGCUGGGCUAAUAUUCCACAGGAGUAUGCCUCGUCGACGAAUUGUAGCUUCACUAAUAUGGUUGUGGAUCCACUCGAUAACCGAGUGCAGAGUACGUCGUGUUUAGAUUUAAGUAACAAUAACAAUUUUUCACACGAACGAGAACGUCUUAAAGCGAUGCUUCCGACAUACAGGCCAGCCCCGGACUAUGAGACUGCUGUGCAGCAGAAAUAUCGUGCAAGUUCGAAUGAAAUUCACAACAUCAACCAUCAGACUAUUGCCUCAGCAGCAGCGUUACGAGUCACCUCAUCCGGUGCCAUGCUAUCUCCAGAUCCCAAUUUCUAUUCUGGCAGUCAGCCAGACGUACACAAUAUGUCUGCAAUGACAACAGAGAACAUCCUGCAUCAUCUGGCACCACACCGGUAUCCUGAUGUCACACAAACCGCCCAAACAAUGCAAAACCACAUUAAUCCGAACAGCGUGUACACGAAUAUCGAUUUGGCACAGCGACUUCAGAUGAUGCGGACAAAGCCACCGCCACCGUAUCCGGCAAAUCGUCUAAGUUCCACAUCGACUCCGGACUUGGCCGUGGCCAGUCAUCGAACACUGCUGGGUUAUCGAGCCUAUGUCUCUGGAUCUAGUCCUGACCUUGUAUCUAAUCGAAAUCUACUCAGUAAUCAAUAUCAUCCGAUUGUUUAUCCGUACAUGAAUCAUAUUGGUCAUUCACAGCCGUAUUUGGCUCACGGAACAUUCGAAAAUCUUAAUAUGAUCGAAGAACAACCGUCCUUGGUUCUGCCACUUCCGCCUCCGACACAACAGCCGCCACCUCCACCCAUGCAACAGACACCACCCCAACAAAUCUAUCGUCCGCCCAAGUUCCAGGAAUCCAACGGUGGUGGCCUGCAGAGGUCCGCCAUGAAUGGUUCAAUAGAACCGAUCUAUGAGAAUGUUCCCCUGCCGCAUUGUUACGCAUCGGAAAAUGCUACCGAGAUGAGAAAUCGAACUUCCAGCAUUCAGUCGGCUCCUGGUGGCAUUCACCAGGGCACCCCAAUUGCACAAAUGCACUCGGAAAUCGAUGGCAUCACACUCAAUAUGCAACGUUUACACACCAACAGCAAUGGUAAUGGAGGUCUGCCCCAUAUAGAAACCACCAACGAUGCACUUUUACAGAUGAAUCUACAUAAACCACAAACGCCAACACUUUUGACGACACCACCACGUCACGAAAAGCUCGCCUCACCAUCACCCAUUGCUCCACCUAGAAAGGCAAAUCUUAUAAAGACAACAUCCGAUGUACUACCGCAUCCAUCGAAACACUUCAACGACGAUCAUUACAAUACUUCGCAUUCGUCGUCCUAUUUGAAUUCCACCCAAACGACACAAAACACAACACUGGAUUCAGUAAAUACCUCGACGGCAAGUAGUGCGACCAAGGAGAAACGGAAAAAACGUUGGAAUAUUUUGGGACGAAGUAAGAAUUCAGCAGAAAAGGAACGCAAGAGUGCGACUCUGGGUCGGGAUAAGAGUAAAAAUCAAAUGAAAGUCGAACUCUCGCAGGAAGAGAUGAAUCUAAGGCAUCGAUGGUCAACAGGUCUGCCGAGACUUCAGCCGAUAUCGGCUACUUAUAGUAAAGAUAAGUUGUGUCAGAUUUUGGAUGCAAAAUUAAAUGAUUCGCAGCUUUUUAUGGAAUUUGAACGAAUACCAAAACGACGAGAGAGUGCACGUUACGAAUGUGCACUUUUAGAAGAGAAUAUGAGAAAAAACUCGGAUCCGAAUUUUUUGCCAUACGAUGAUAAUCGUGUACGAAUAACUCCAACGAUGGAAAAUCGACAUGGUUAUGUAAAUGCUUCGCAUAUUUCUGCAACAGUAGGUACAAAACAAAGGUUCUAUAUUGUCGCUCAAAGUCCACAAGUUGAUUUGAUGAAGAAAAUGUUCUGGCAAUGUGUUUGGGAAGCAGAUGUUUAUUUAAUUGUCCAACUAUCGGAAGAGUUAAAUUACAUACCCCCAGAUACUAAUCAAAGAUUAGAAUUUGGACAGUUUCAAGUUUAUCAGGAAUUCUCUCAAACAACAGACAGAUGUAUUACAAGCAAAUUACGAUUAUACCAUGUACAAUCGAGACGAUACAGAUCGGUGUGGCAUUUAAAUUACACCGAUUGGGCUGAACAAAAUUGUCCGCGUGAAGUAAAUCAUUUUCUGGAUUUCUUAGAAGAAUUGAAUUCAGUUCGAAUGGCAUCGAUAAAUGAGGUGCCACCUGGUCACAAUACAAAUCCACCGGUACUUAUACAUUGUUUAGAAGGUGGCGGACGUUCAGGUGUUGCGUUAACAGCUGAUCUAUUGCUGUAUACAUUGGAUCAUAACGAGGAUCUAGAUAUUCCAAGGGUCAUUGGACAAUUACGACACCAACGUGAUAGCAUAAUACCUUCUUUAGCGCAAUACAAAUUUAUCUACGCACUACUCAUAACGUAUCUAAAAAGAACGAGAUUAAUUUAGAUUCUAGACAAACAAACAGCUACUAACAAUAAAAAUAUAAA